UUGCACACGGCAACAGGCAGCACUUGAAAGCUUUUUUUUGUGUUUUUAGCUGACGUCAAGGGAGAAAAAAAAACUUAGAUCAGCCCCUUUUCUGUGUUUUGUUUUAAAGGAAGAAAAAGCCACUUGAAAGUACCCGGCAAUAAUAGAACCCAGCUGUUCGCUGGUAAACUACCUUUUAAAGUAAUUUCUCCAAAACGAUUGUUCAGGCAGCAAAGUUUUGCGCUGUCAGCGUCAGGAGAAAGCAGAGGAGAAAAUAAAGAUUAUCAAUUUCAUACGUAUAAGUUUUUUUUUCUAUUUUAAACAAAUGCUCAGAAGUUUAUAAAAGUUGACAGGUGUGCGUAAGUCCUUGGCUGCGCCUUUAAAAAAAAACUUUCGGCUCUGGCAUAACCGUCUGUCUUUUUUUCCGCAUUACAUUAAGCCAUUGAGUAGAUAAGUGCGAUCGGGGCACGUUGGAGAGAGAAGGGAGUGCUUUGGAUCGGAAUGUGGAAGCCACUAUGUGAUUAUCUGGUGGAAAUGCUGGCACAUCAAGGUCCCUGCCCUCGGCAUCCUUCAUGGUAGAAGCGACGGCUGCGAGUCAGUGUGAAGAAGCCCGGUGAUUGUUUGUCUGCUCUGGCCUGAUAGCGUGCAAACAUUCCUCCCCAAAUGUCCUUGUCAUUAGUAUUACUGCUAAUAUCGGCUCUCCACUUCCGCCAUCAUGGAUCGGAAGCCCAAAUCAACAAGAUCCAGCCAUCAAGUAACAAGGAGCAAAACGGAGUACAUGAUCAUCACCAUGAAAAAAUUAUCACAAUAUCAGAGGAUGGAUUUGUGCAGAGUCCACGAUUUCCUCAGAGUUAUCCUCGGGAUGUGGUGCUGGUGUGGAGAUUAAUAGCAGCUGAUGAACAUAUGCAAAUACAGCUAACCUUCGAUGAAAGAUUCGGACUUGAGGAACCAGAAAAUGGAUUGUGCAAGUUUGACUUUGUAGAAAUUGAAGAUCCAAGUGAUGGCACACUUAUUGGACGGUGGUGUGGCACCAGUGUAGUCCCAGGCAUACAAAUAUCGAAGGCAAAUCAAGUCCGAAUACGGUUCCGAUCUGAUGAGUACCUGCCAUCAAAACCAGGCUUCUGCAUUUACUACUCUCUUUUGGAAUCUGCCCACUUUGAAAGCCCAACGGUGGUGCCGCCAUCUCCUCUAUCUUUGGAUGGAUUAAAUGAGGCUGUGUCAGGCUUUGACACUUUAGAAGAGCUGAUCAAGUACUUGGAACCAGAGAGGUGGCAACUGGAUUUGGAAAACUUGUACAAACCAACCUGGCAGAUGCUCGGAAAGGCUUUUGUUCAUGGUAGAAAAUCCAGAGUUGAUCUGAACUUGCUGAAAGAAGAGGUGAAGCUGUACAGCUGCACACCACGCAACAUAUCAGUAUCUCUGAGAGAGGAACUCAAACGAACAGAUACCAUCUACUGGCCUGGGUGUCUACUGGUAAAACGUUGUGGGGGAAAUUGUGCUUGUUGCUCCCUUGGGUGCCAAGAUUGUCAAUGUGUUCCCAUCAAAGUGUCAAAAAAAUACCACGAGGUUCUUCAACUACGAUAUAGGAGUCCUGGGAAACCAUUGCAAAAAUCCCUGGCAGAUGUGGGAUUGGAGCACCAUGAAGAAUGUGGCUGUGUGUGUAAAGGGAAAACAGAAGGUUAAAUUAGUUUGCCCUUUUACCUUUCAAAGACUUGAAGCAUUGAGAACUGGUGCCUGUGUACAUUAUCUUGCUCAGAAAUCACACUCAUCUCAGUUUUUAAUUUACCAUUUUCUAGCUUUUUGGUGGAUUCUGGUGUAGACAUGUAACUCUCCUGCCUAUAUUUGGACCCAAAAAGUACAAAAGUGGGAAGAGCUCCAUACCCAAUGAGGUUUCGAUAUCUAGAUGGCAGCAAAGAAAAUAGCUCAUGCGUUGAACUCUGGGUUCCCUUUCUCUCUCACCUGUGUAGGGAUAUAAAUAUUACUUAAUUUACUGUUCCAAUUCUGAACUGAGUAGAAGUUCAGAAAAUAGUUUUCAAGAGAAAGACUGCAUCUGGAAUCAAUCAAUGCUUACCGCCACAAAUGUUGUGGCUUGCAGUAUUCCUGGCCAUGUUGCUGAAAACUUCCAAGAAAAUCUAUUUGUGUUGUGCCACUUAUCCUCAUGUGAUAUCAUAUCCUUUGUGCAUUAAACAUCAUUUUCUUCUGUGCACAAUUUUUAAAGAGAAAUCUGCAUGUUUGUCUGCAAUUUCUGCUACAAUACCCUAGCAAAUAUGUCACAGUGAACAAUAUACUGGAGAGAUACGGAAUUUAAGGAGCGUAAGGACUUACCAGACUUUUCUGAGGGCAUUGCCUGAAGUUGUGUACAUUUUUUUACAUUUUCUCAUUUAGGCUAAUAUGACUGAAGCUUUUUUUAUAUUACAUUAAAUGUAUCUAUUUUGUACCAAACUUAUUUAAGAAUUUAGCUUUUGCAUUGUCUGAGAUGACUCACGAUUUACAACACUUUAAACAAAAGGGAAAUGGGUAGGUGUGAUUAAAAAGCACAGUCAUACCAUUGCACUGUCAGUGUUGGUGCUAUGUGCAAAGUAUAUCAGUUUUUUAUGGUAGCCACUAUUCCAAAGAUCGUACCAUCCAGACCGUCUACUCAGUUGUCUACUUUGUUCAUAAAAUAGUUGUAUCUGUACCUUAUUUUGACUCAGUCCUUUCUCUUUUUCAGUACAUUGUCAUAAGGUAAAGAAUAUAUAGUUUAUAGAUAACUUAUAGUAAUGCAGAAUUUAAUUGGUGAGCUUACUAACUGAGCCAGUAAGUACAAGGUGUUCUAAUGAGAGCAACUGCAUUAUUAAAGUGUUCACUACAAAAACAGCCAGUUUCCCAGAAAAUUAGUAUUUCUCGAUGGAAAAUAUUUGUUUAAAAAUAUCUGAAGCACUCAUUUAAAAAAAAAUCACAUUGCUUACACAUUUGUAUUUAUUUAAUUUUAAACAAAAGGUUACAAACGUUUCUAUACCAGUUAUCUUUAAUCUUUAAACACAAGAUAAUCAAUUAACUGCAUUUGAGCCACCGUGCCACCCCAAAGUUUAAAAAUCUUGCAAAAUGUGUAUUUAGUUGUUCCAUAUCAAGUUGAUACU